AUGUUCAGUCUAUCUAGCAUCACCUGCCUUCGGGCUCUUCUUGUCGCCCUUGCGCUUGAGGCGGUCAACGCUGUGCCCAUCGCCCACAAAGGUCGUGCCAAUGGAGACCCAGUGGUGUUUCCCACUCCUCAACAGGUCACGUUCACCGGCGGAUCUAUCUCGCUCGCGGGUCAAGUAACCCUCGUGGCAGAGAAUUUCACAGAUGCUGCCACGAUCUAUGCGAUCAGGGAGGUCGUAGCUGCCGCCGGUGGUAGUACUGUUCUCGCCACCAAGCCCAGUGACUCGGGCGUGCAAAUUUACGUUGGCACCGAGGAGGGAGCUGGUAUCGCUGUCACUGUUGCCAAGGCCCUUGCUGAUACCACUGCCGAGGGCCUCGUGGCCGACGGCUAUGUUCUUGCUUGUGGCCAUUAUGAGCAGCUGCCAACCAUUGUACUCAAUGGUGUAGACACCCGCGGCACUUUCUACGCUGCACAGACUCUUCUUCAACUUCUCGAUGGCGCCAGUAUCCCUGGUUUCAAGAUGCACGACUGGCCGCUCAUGCCUAUCCGUGGCUCGAUCGAGGGUUUCUAUGGUAUCCCCUGGUCUCACCAGGCACGUCUCGACCAGUUAGUUUUCUACGGAAACCACAAGAUGAACACCUAUAUCUACACACCCAAAGAUGAUGCACUUCUCCGUGCCAGCUGGCGCACUCUUUACAGUGGCGACGAGCUUACUGACCUCAAGGAGCUUGUUGAGACUGCCAAUGCCAACCAUGUCGACUUUACCUAUGCCCUUUCGCCCGGCUUAGAUCUAUGCUACUCGUCUGAUGAUGACUUCGCCGCUACUGUGGCCAAGUUUGACCAGCUGCGUGACCUUGGUGUUAGCAGCUUCUAUGCCGCUCUCGAUGAUAUCAAUCUCGUGUUCCACUGUGAUUCGGACACGGCAAAGUGGCCUCACACUGAUAAUGAUACCUGGAUUGCCGAUGCCCAAGCUUUCUACCUGAACCGUAUCCAGACCGAGUAUAUUGAGCCCAAUAAUCUCGAGAACCUCAUGACCGUCCCGACCAACUAUGCCGGCAGCGGAUCCAACCCAUACAAGACAGAAUUCGGCACUAAGCUCAACAAGAAUGUCCGCGUCCAGUGGACUGGCGAAGGAAUUUUCAGCGACGAUAUCACAGUCGAGAGCGUCAUGGCCGCCGACGCGAGCUACGUCACCGACAACCUGUUCAUCUGGGACAACUUCCCAGUCAACGACGCCAACCGUGACCGCCUGUUCUUGAACCCUCUCACCAAGCGCGCCGCCGAACUGUACGAGCAUCUUCUUGGCUUCACCUCAAACCCGAUGAUUCAAUCGUACGCCUCUAUGGUCUCGCUCGCCAACUAUGGCGACUAUACCUGGAAUGGGCCCAAGUACGAUGCUACCGCGUCUAUGGAUGCAAGUCUUUGGGAGCUAUCGGGUACUGACACCACCGUCCACACUGCACUUGUUGCAUUCGUCGAUCUCAACCAGAACUGGCCAUACCAAAGUCCCGAGGUUAACGCCCCCAAGCUUAGCGACGAUAUUACUGCUUUCUGGGCUGCUCGCAAGGCCGGCACCACUGACGGCACUAAGGCGUUGAAGGAUCGCCUCGCACUCAUCGUCACCAUCCCUGAUGUUCUCCCCGGCAUGACUAACCAGGGCUUUGUCAAGGAUGUGGCACCCUGGGCAACUCUUGCUGGACAGUGGGCCACCGCCUGCCAGCACUUGAUUUCGAUGCUCGAGGCUCUCGAUGCCAAGGAUCAAACUACAGCAGAUGCCGAGCUCGCCUCUGCCAAUGAAUGGAUUGCGAAGACCAAGGCUAAGACUGUCGAUGACCGUACUGCCGCCGGCGAGGCCCUUCCCAAGUCGAUCGUUCCGCUUACCGGUGAUAAGGUGUUUGACUCGUUCGUCACUGAUGCCACCGCUGUUUACAAUGGUGAAUAG